CGGGCUGGGACCCAGGAGCCCCGGCGCGGGAGUGGGCGCACCGUGCACUGCGCCUCGCGCAUGGACGGGCCGGGGGACCCCGAGGGCCCACGCCUCCCCGGAGGUGGUGGCCCUCCAGGAGGUACAAGAGAGACAUCUAGACAGCUUUCAAGAGAACAGCUUUUUGUGCUGAUAUCGGCAGCUUCCAUUAACUUGGGUUCUAUGAUGUGCUAUUCUAUCCUUGGACCCUUUUUCCCCAAGGAGGCUGAAAAGAAAGGAUCCAGCAAUACAGUUACCGGUAUGAUCUUUGGAUGUUACGCUUUGUUUGACUUGCUGGCAUCUUUGGUAUUUGGAAAAUAUCUUGUACAUAUUGGAGCAAAAUUUAUGUUUGUAGCAGGAAUGUUUGUCUCAGGAGGAGUUACAGUUCUCUUUGGCGUGUUGGACCAAGUUCCAGAAGGACCAAUGUUUAUUGCUAUGUGUUUUCUAGUGAGAAUAGCAGAUGCAGUCAGCUUUGCGGCAGCAAUAACUGCAUCUUUUUCUAUUCUUGCAAAGGCCUUUCCAAACAAUGUGGCUACAGUGUUGGGAAGUCUUGAGAUUUUUUCUGGCCUGGGACUAGUGUUAGGGCCCCCUUUAGGUGGCUUCUUGUAUCAAUCCUUCGGCUACGAGGUGCCUUUUAUCCUUCUGGGAUGCAUAGUUCUGCUGAUGGUACCACUCAACAUGUACAUUUUACCUAAUUAUGACUCUGAUCCUGGGGAACACUCAUUCUGGAAACUCAUCACGUUACCCAAGGUUGCGCUUAUAGCCUUCGUCAUCAACUCCCUCAGCUCAUGCUUUGGCUUCCUUGAUCCUACUCUGUCCCUCUUUGUUCUGGAGAAGUUUAAUUUACCAGCUGGCUAUGUGGGACUCGUAUUCCUGGGUUUGGCACUAUCUUACUCCAUUUCGUCACCACUGUUUGGUUUACUGAGUGAUAAAAUACCACAUCUCAGGAAAUGGUUUCUGGUUUGGGGAAACAUAAUCACAGCAGGAUGCUACGUGCUCUUGGGACCUAUCCCAAUCAUGCACAUUCAAAGUCAGCUCUGGCUGCUGGUGCUGAUACUAGUCUUGAAUGGCAUCUCUGCUGGAAUGAGUAUAAUUCCAACGUUCCCGGAGAUUCUCGCUUGCGCAUACGAAAAUGGAUUUGAAGAAGGAUUAAGUACCUUAGGACUUGUGUCAGGUCUCUUCAGUGCCAUGUGGUCAGUUGGUGCUUUUAUAGGACCCACACUGGGUGGAUUUCUGUAUGAGAAAAUUGGUUUUGAAUGGGCAGCCGCUGUGCAAGGUCUUUGGGCUUUGACAAGUGGAUUAGUGAUGGGCCUAUUUUACCUGUGGGAGCACUCCCGGAGAAAAAGAUCUAAACUCCAGAAUAUCCUCAGCACAGAAGAAGAACGAAGUGCUCUCUUACCCGAUGAAAUCUAACCUUAAGAAUCCAGGAUGGAUACCCAUGGGGAGACCGAUGCUCCUGGCCUUGAACAUCAAAGUUGAAAGGGCUUUCUUACUAUCACACAUCACACUCUACAGACCCUACACCAGCAUCCUGAAAGUUGCAACAUACUUUUGGAUAAUCCUGUGUUGGGCUUUCCUGAAAAGCUGGCCAUAUGUGAAACAUUAAGUAUGAGAAGAGCAGCUGAGAAUCAGCAAAAGUGUGUUUUUAGGUGAUCAAAUUUGUCCUUGAAGACAUUACUGACUCCAGGUCUCCUGUUUCCUCUGUUUACUUUUUAUUCUAAAUGCACUAAUUCUGUGAAUGUACCUUUUCUUUAUUAACAGGGAAAUAAAUGAAUUAAUUUGAUAUGCCUGAAAGUAAUAUAAAGAUUACUCAAAAUGUAUAGAAUAGAAUAGUUACUGUGAAAUCAAUUUUUUAAAAGACAUGCUUUCUCUGGGGAUAAAAUUUUUGUUCUUUCCAAAAGGCAGAAUUCCUGCCAACCAUGCAAAAGUUGUAUUCCCAGGCCCUAGCUCUUCUAGAAGUUUUAUUUGUGUGAAAGUUACAAGAAUACUGUACUUUAGAUUUUCACUUUUGUAAUGUACUUUGAAUUAUGAUCUGGAUUUAUAAACAAUACUUAGUAUAACAUUACUCAUUUCCCUGAAUGUCCCUAUUUCAGUUCUACCACCUGUUUGUUUGUUUUUUUAAACCUACUUCUGGUAGAUGUGUCCCAUUCCUAAAGCAAGUAAGCCCAGAGGAUUGCUUAUUAUAUUUUAGGGAAGGGGUUUGUCUGACUUCAUGUAAAAUUCGUGCUGUUACUUUAACUGGAUGAAUCCCUACUGUGUAAUUUUCAUACCUCCUGAUGUGUUUCCAUGGUGUAGUAGCCAUGUUUACCCCCCCCUUUUUUUAACAGAAGAAAUAUAUUAACUCAAAUAUAUUUAUUGAAUGACUUCUCUAAACUGACAGUCUGCAAUGUGCUAGGACUUUAACCUAGUGUUUAACUGUGAUCAAAAUAAACACAGUCUCUGCUUUUUGGAACUUCUAUUCCAGUGGAAUGGACAAACUAUAAAUAAAUACUGGAAUCU